UCAUUUGCUCUUGAAACUCAGAGACGACAAGAUGGCUUUCUCUUGUCCAACUAAGAGAAUGGCUCAGAACUCCUUGAAAAUUAAGCUGCAGGAUUUAGAAUGCCACUUCACCUGGAAGCUGGACUGCAGCAGAUCUAAACUAGAAAGUCUCAGACAUACCCUGAUAGAUAUCAUCAGCAGCGAGGGGGUUCAAUGUUCCUGGACGGGUCAUCUGUACAACCUCCUGGCUUACCUACACCACGCUUUGGGCUCCACAGAGGACGCUCUUCAAUACCUGAAGAAGGCUGAAGAGGCCAUUCGCCUAAACAGCCCAGACGACGUGGAGCUAAGUCUGGUGGUCCACUAUGGGAACUUGGCCUGGGUGCACUAUCACCAAGGGGAGCUGACAGAGAGCCAGACCUAUGUGGAGAAGGUGGGGAGACUACUGAGGGACAACCCCUCACCCUGCCCAGGUGUAGUAUGGGGAGAAAAGGCCUGGACUUUGAAUAAGUUUGAUGUAAGCAAGAGGAAGGAAGCGGUAUAUUGCUUCCGGAUGGCCUUGAAAGGGGACCCUGAGAACAAGGUGCUGCGCUGUGGUUAUGCCAUAGCAUUUAGUAAAUCUUUUGAAAAUAAAGACAUUACCCCGAGGCUGCGAUCUGAGAUGUUGGCGCACCUACGGAUUGCUAGAGAAUUGGAUCCAGAACAUUUGACCAUCACAGUGAUGUACCUGCAGAGGCUUGCAGAUAGCGGCCAGGUUGAGGAAGCACGUAAACUUGCAGAGGAAGUGAUAGAGAAGCCUUUGGACAGCUUUGGUGGAUUUGGACACUUACUAUCAUUUUUCAGAGAUUACGUCUCUCAUGAUUCAAGCAUUGACCUGGCAAGAAGGACCCUGGAUAGACACCCUGAUUCACGCCAACUGAAAAAGCAUCUUGCGCAGUGUUACAAAUGGAAGAUUUUCUCUCCGGAAGAGAAAAGGAACCCAAUGAGGCAUAUUCUGAUUGAAAAUGCAGUCAGCCUUUAUGAAGAGUUGGUCACACUCUACCCAAAAUCCCUUGCAGUUAAACUGGAACUGUCUGCCAUGUACAAAGAAUCUGGCAGAGUUGAUAGAGCAGAUAAGAUUUUCGAGGACCUGCUUCUUGAAAUAGAAGGAAUGGAACCACAGGAUUUACAAAAAUUCUACAACAGGUAUGCCCAACAUCUGUUUUUUGCCAAACACGAUGCUUCCAGGUCAAUUGAUUUCCACAAGAAGGCAGUAGAGAUUAUGCUACCCACUGGCCAACGUGACAGCAGUAUUCGUGUUUUGUUGUCAAAUGUCCAUAACAGAGGAGACAGAGCUGAGGAAAUUGUUGACUUUCUGCAUGGACUUGAUAGAGAAGGUGCUGUCAGCCAGUUCUAGACCUUUUUUUACAAUAAAGGCUUGAAUUAACCAGAACUGCUUGUCGAAUCAGUAAAAUUUGCAUAACCUGUUUAUGAUUGAUUCAUGAGGAAAAUAUAUUCACUAUACCACUAGGACAAAUCUAGGGCAAUCUAGGACAAAUUUUAAUUUAGUACAAACUGAAUACCUUCGUAUUCCAAAUGUCUGUGCUCAAUUUUACUACUGGAAUUGCUGAGAGAUGCAUGAUCAUCAAUACUAACACUGGAAAGGAAAUUCAAGGCUGAGAGUAAAGUCAUAAAUAUGUAGGCCUAACAUGACAAUAUCUGUCUGGAAUCCACAUUUUGAAUUGAGUCUGUACAAGUUAACUGCGGACAAUGUACUGCAGACAAACUAAUAUGUUAUUUUAAAUGUUUCAUUAUAGAGUAGAGAGGUCCUGUAUAGCCUGACAGACAGACUAUCCAGAACAAUAGGAUAUAUAUUUUUUUCUUUCUUCACACUGGGCACAAUACAUAGAAAAUGAAAAUGUAUGUAAUGUGUAAUAUUAUACUGUCUAAUAUCUUGUAAGUUCUUGUGAAAAUAAAGGUGUUCUGUUCUA